AUUCUCUCCAUUAUUGACGAUUGUCCUUGACGUUUGAUUUAUUACUUCUCUAAUCCCCUCGAUCUUUCCUACCGCAUCAAAACAUGGCUUCUGCUGUUCCUUCCGCGCGGAGUGCCUAUCGCCAGCUCCUUCGCAGCACCCGCGUUGCUUUCCGCGAUGACGUCCGUGUGAUGAUUGGCGCUCGUAAAGAGGCCCGUCAGCAGUUCGACAACCAUCCGCGGGUAGGCAUCGACACGCCCAUGCAGAUCAACCAUGCCCUGGAAGUGGCGGACAUCUUGAAACACAACCUCGUCCAGGGGGUGAGGGACGACGGCAACGAAGAGGCUAAAUGGCAACUUCGCAUCCACGAGGAUAUCGAGCGCGGCGAUAACGACUCGAUCAAGGUCGGGGGAAAGAACGUCAAGGUUGACAAGGCGUGCUCGUCAUAGUACGGGAUCUGCUUACGCUGUGAAAGUCGUGCUUUGUGCGCAUUGUAUUAUACUAGUUAUACCCAACGUUUUUGGUCUCUCUCCUUUGGCGUCAUCGUGGGGGGUAUUUUUGGAUGUGAUGGAAAAAGAAAAGGAAAGAAAAGAGGAAAAAAAGAAAUAUGUGAACAUAUUAUAAACAGACAACGCCCGCUUCGAACAUACA